GAAAGAAACCGCCCAUCACACACCCCAGCACACCAGCCCAGGAAACUUAUAACCUCGGGAGGCAGGUCCCUCCCCUCACUGUGGCUGCAUACCUCCUGAAGAGCGGACCGGACCGGCAGCCAGCUCCAGCACCGCUCAGGGCAUCUGCCUCAGUCGCCUGACGCUCCAGAACUCUCAGCUCCCGAGUCACCAAAAAGCCAAGAUGUUGGUGCUACUUGCCGGUAUCUUCGUGGUCCACAUCGCCACCGCUAUUAUGCUAUUUGUCUCCACCAUCUCCAACGUCUGGAUGGUUUCUCACGAUGUAAAAUCCUCGGUAGGGCUUUGGAGGAACUGUACCAAUGGCGACUGUGGUGGCUCCCUGACAUAUGGCAAUGAAGAUGCUCUCAAGGCAGUGCAAGCCUUCAUGAUCCUCUCCAUCAUCUUCUCUGUAAUUUCCCUUGUGGUCUUCGUGGUCCAGCUCUUCACCAUGGAGAAGGGGAACCGCUUCUUCCUCUCAGGGUCCACCAUGUUGGUGUGCUGGUUUUGCAUCCUGGUUGGAGUGUCUAUCUAUACUCAUCAUUAUGCCCACCGUGAAAUGAACGUUACCUCUAACGACCACCAAGGCUACUGUUUCAUCCUGACCUGGAUUUGCUUCUGCUUCAGUUUCAUUAUUGGCAUUCUCUAUAUGGUCCUGAGGAAGAAAUGAGCUGAACAGGCUUUUGGGAACUGGGAGAGGGGUGGGGUGCGGGAGUGGGGAGGAGGAAGCGGCUUAAUCUGGGAGGGCAGCAGAAGUCAUUGUGUAGGAAUAACCAAGGGAAGGGAGGGGGGAGGGGAAGGGGAAGGACGGGUGAGAGAGGCCCAAACCCAAACCUUUCUGAGGGGGGGUUUGGGAUUCUCUACUGCCAAGCACCCGCCCUUGGAAGAAAGUUGUUGGCUACUGUGCUGAUGCUUCCUUGAGGCCACUGGAGAGCCCUCCAUCUGUCCUCAGUUACAUAAUGCCACUUGGGGCCUGACCAGCUGCCAGACAACUGGUUCCAUUCUUGAGGGUGACGAGUUGGGUCACACACUGAGGUCUUCCAAACCUAUAUCACCAAGUUCCCAUAGUGGUACAAGCAGAUACUGCCUCCUGGUUGAGAAGGCUAAGUCUGGAGGCCACCCUGUCCUGUGACACUAGAGCCAAACACCAAAUUCAGAUCCCAAGUGCCUUUGGUGACCAGGAAGUCACUGCCCCUAUUUGGUGGCCUUUCUGACAAAAGAAUCGAGAGAUGGUUUAUAAGGUCAAAUUGGUGGGAUUGGCUUCACCAAGAACUAGAAGUUUCUGCCCUGGAGGACCUGGGAGAUGGACUGAGGCAGGCAGAGGCUCUGCCAUACGUCAUUGAGGUGUCUCUCAGGGAGGCCUCCUGCUGGACUCUAGCUCACAGCCAAGGCAGCUUUUCUGGAGUUUCUCUAGAUUCUUCAGAGCCAAAGAUGAAAAUGCCCCAUGCUGUAGGGUCAAAGGGCACACCUACCACAGUGCUACAGUAAGGUGGUGGUUUUUAGGAUUCCACCCCCAAUGCACAUAACGUUUCUUGUAAAUGGAACAGGCGAGGGAUGCAUGUGGCCCCUUACCAGAUGACUCUGUUGAGCUUCUUCCGAAUUAGGGACCUUUGAGGAAGUUCUGUCUAAUCAUGAUCAACACUGGGGAACAGAACAUCGAAGUUCAGUGGUCACUGCAGCUGUGACCCUGGCUGGAGUGGUCCCCUCUCAACAAAUUUCCCCACACUGUUUUCCAGAUGAAGAUGGCAAUCCUGGGAGCCAAUUAAAACGUAUACCAACCUAAACCAAAGAAUAAGCCCUGGGGGUGGGGUGGGGAGGUGCUGCCUGGUUACGGAGUAUUAAGCAUACUACAUUUCAGUCAUGGUAAGGACAGUGUGCCUGCUCUCAGGAAAAAAAAAUUAAAUCCCAUGAGACAUAAAGUCCAGGUGAUGGGCAGAUAGUUUCGUUUUAACACAGAAGAAACUCUUAGGGAAUCCAGUCAGAUGGUAGCUGAAUUGUUGGGGCAAUAGGGGUACACCUAUGUAAGACUUAGAAGUAGUGCCAUGGACCUAGUUCAGUGAGCAGAGCUCUGUCUACAGCAGCUAUUUUAAGCCAUCUCAGAUUUCUGCCUAGAGGGCUUUCUUUUUUAGAAAUUGUUUUCUUUAUUGCCCUUAGAAGAUCACCCCUAGGAAGAGCCUGAGACAUCUUGCCUUCAUUCUUUUUCCUAGGGAUAGCCUUAUCCAAUUCUUAUACACAUGUCUUUACAGGGGGGAGUUGUUAUGCUAUAAUUGCUGGUAUUUAUGUAAAGGGACUAUUACUAAGUAUAUUUCUCUAUGUGUAUUAUGUAUAAGGGAAUGUUGAAGGUGGAUUACUAAAUUGCCAGGCCAAGGGUAGAGAUAUCGGCCAGAAAAAACUGUGAGAUAAUAAACUCUUAAAAUACAAUUUGAUCACCAUACACUUGUUCAAGGCUAUGUUAUGUUCAGAAGGAUAGACAGCUAUAGCCAGAAAAAGAUAGUCGCAUUUUGUUAAAAAGUCAAAUUAUGAUUCAAAUGAACCAUGCAUUCCCUUGUCUUUUACUUUUUUCUGUGACAUUUACAUCUCAUGUAAUUUGCAUUGCAUUGGUGGGUUAUUCUAGUACUGUAUUUGGCUUCUUCAUUAAUAGAUUAUUUCAUAUACUAUAAUUGUAAAUAUUUUGAUACAUAUGUUUAUAACUCUAGGGAUAUAAAAAUAAAUUCUGAUUCCCUA